CUCACAGCCUAAAGAAAAACUCGAGUUUCAGUAAGAAUGGAAUUUUCCAAAAUUUUAGUCACCCUUCUCGUUCUUCAAGUUCUCUUCCCCUCCCAUGUGACAAUGCAAGCUGCUUCUGCAAACUCAAACCUCUUCAGAGAAUACAUAGGAGCUGAGUUUAAGAACGUUAAGUUCACUGAUGUUCCUGUUAAUCCGAAUGUUGAAUUCCACUUCAUUCUCUCAUUUGCCAUAGACUAUGACACCUCAAGUUCCCCUUCUCCAACAAAUGGGAAGUUCAGCGUGUUCUGGGACACGGAUAACCUCUCCCCUUCCGAAGUUUCUGCCAUCAAGAGUAGUCAUUCAAAUGUCAAAGUGGCCUUAAGCCUAGGAGGGGACAGUGUUGGAAGUAGCUCUGCUUUCUUCAGUCCUUCCUCAGUGGAUUCUUGGGUGUCCAACGCAGUUUCUUCACUCACAAGUAUUAUCAACCAGUACAAUUUGGAUGGAAUUGACAUUGACUACGAGCAUUUCCAGGCUGAUCCUAACACCUUUGCCGAGUGCAUUGGGCGCCUUAUAUCAACUCUCAAGAAGAAUGGGGUGAUCUCCUUCGCUUCCAUAGCUCCAUUUGCUGAUGACCAAGUUCAGAGUCAUUACUUGGCCUUAUGGGGUAGCUACAGCCAGCUCAUAGACUAUGUAAACUUCCAAUUUUACGCGUACGCCCAAGGAACCACAGUAUCUCAGUUCUUGGAUUACUUCAACACCCAGAGCUCUAAAUAUAAUGGUGGAAAGGUCUUAGUCAGCUUUAUAAGUGAUGGCAGCGGAGGACUAUCACCGGAAAAUGGCUUCUUUACCGCUUGCAGUAAUCUCAAGAGUCAGAACAAACUCAAUGGUAUAUUUGUUUGGUCUGCAGAUGACUCCAAGGCCAAUGGGUUCAAGUAUGAGGAACAAUCACAGGCUCUACUUGCAACUUCUCGCUAGCACUAUAAAUAUUCUAUACAAACCACCGAAAUAAAUCUGUAUUACAUUUCAGGGAUAUGUACUUAGACGUAUUGCUAUCUGAUAUAUAAAUAUUUCAUACAGUCCUGUAACAUAAUUUCCUACAGUGUUGUUUGUAUGUGGAUCCCUAAUCAUGCUUGAUUGACAUUUGAAGAAGAGAGAGACAUAAUAUUGUAGAGGAUGUACAUAUCUCAAUCUGGCAUGAUCCUGCUUCAAUGUUUGUGUAUUGUGUGGAGAAGGCAGAUUUUCCAAUUGUCCAUCCAGCGCAGAUCUUACAUCACUU